AUGGCUCUGACCAAAGUGGCAAUUCUCGACGACUACCAGGGCGUUGCUGAUCCCUUCUUCGCGAAACUUGACUCAGCCAAGUAUGAAGUCGUGUCUCUCAAGGAUACGGCGCUGCCCUAUAACCACCCCGAGAAUUCGCAAGCAGGCAAGGAUGCCUUGGUAGAGAAACUGAAACCCUACGAUGUAAUCUGUACCAUGCGGGAGCGCACACCUUUCCCCGCCGAGUUGAUUGAAAGGCUGCCGUCUCUCAAGCUCCUACUCACUACAGCCUUCCGCAACAGAUCCUUGGAUCUGGAUGCCCUCAAAGCACGAGGGAUUCCAGUUGCCGGCACAGGCGAAAAGGCUGGAGCUGUUCAGAAGACACCUGGCACCGGCAGCACAACUCAGCACUGCAUCACCCUCAUCCUUGCGCUUGCCCGCGGUGUCGCCCGUGAUGAUGCCGCUGUCAAAGAGGGAGCGUGGCAAACCGGCCUCGCUACUGAACUCUCCGGUAAGACGUUGGGCAUCCUUGGCCUCGGGAGAUUGGGGAGCACCGUGGCAAAGAUCUUGAACGUCGCAUUGGGUAUGAAGAUAAUCGCGUGGAGCACCAACCUCACCCAGGAGGCGGCAGAUGAGAAGGCCAGGGAGGCUGGUCUUCCCGUCGAAGAUGCAGAGGGCGAAAAGACGUUCAAAGCAGUAAGCCGAGACGAGUUGUUCCGCAAUGCCGAUGUGGUAUCUGUGCACCUUGUCCUCUCCGAUCGUUCGCGCGGCAUAAUCAACGCGCAAGACUUGGCAAUGAUGAAGCCUACAUCUCUCUUCGUUAACACCUCCCGAGGACCCCUCGUCGUGGAGAAUGAUCUUCUCGAGCACCUCAAAGCAGGCCGCAUCAGGGGCGCUGCAAUCGACGUCUUUGACCUGGAACCUCUCCCUGCAGAUAGUGCGUGGCGAAGCAAGAAUUGGGGUCGUGAUGGGUCAAGCCAGGUACUUCUCACUCCGCAUAUGGGCUAUGUAGAGGAGGAUACAUUGAAGUCGUGGUAUGAGCAGCAGGUCGAGAACAUCGGCCGAUGGGCUGCCAACGAACCUUUGCAGAAUGUGUUCACUUAG